GAGAGAAAGAGAAAGAAAAACUGUGAAGCAGUCGAGACGGACGGUUCACUCACGUGGCGGUCGUUGAACGUGUAGCAUCUGAUUGUCGUCUCCAUCUGGCCCGUCAUUUUCUGUCUUGAACGAAAGACAUUUGUCUGUUAUCGUCUACCCGGUUCAAAAUCAAGUUCGUCUUUUCCACUUCCACGUAAACAAGUCGACAGCAGCUGUUCGCAUCGAUCGACAAGAAAAAAACAAAACAAAACACAAUGUGCCGCUCUUCGUACUUUGCAGAGUCGUUUGUCCUCUUCCUCGUAUUAGCCGGAGGUGCCCGGGCGGCCUGGGAGGGCAGUUCGUGCCCGCGUUUCUGCCCGAAAGAGAACAAGCCAGUGUGCGGCAGUGAUGGUGUCAUCUAUACCAACGAGUGUGACCUCUACCGUCGCAAUUGCGGUCUUGAGGUUGAGACGGUGGAGGACAAGAUGUGCACCCGAUCGCGUGGAUCUUUCUGCGGCAACAAAUGCAACCUAGACCGUGACUUGGUGUGCGGUUCCGAUGGGCGUACCUAUCUCAACAGCUGCGUCCUCAAGGUGGAGACUUGCAAGCGGGGCAUUCGCUUGUCUCACGUCGGUCCGUGUAUGAACGCGACAGCGUUAGAGGAGCCUUGUCCCGAACAAUGCAGUCCGAACGAUCGGGACGGACCCGUUUGCGCUUCCAACGGCAACGUUUACAAGUCGAUCUGCGAGAUGAAACGCCACACAUGCGGGCAAGGUGUUGUCAAAACGUCGGAGAAAUUUUGCCAAACGACCAGUCAUUGUAAAGAGAUCUGCUGGAAGGCCUCCAAAGCUGUUUGCGGUUCCGAUGGUCAUAUCUACGCCAGCAGCUGCCAGAUGAAGGUCAAGAACUGCGGGCGUCACGUUUUCGAGAUUCCCAUCAGCAACUGCAUCCCGCAAGAGCGUGCCAUCACCAACUGCCCGGCCGAAUGCGACAGCGCCGAUCCUCAAGAGGUUUGCGGUUCCGAUGGAAACAUUUACGCCAGCCCGUGCGAGCUCCGGAUGCUCAACUGUGGUCUGAUACGCUUAUUUAGGCCAAACAACGAUAAGGUUAUUGCCGUGGAUUGGCUCCGUUGCGCAGCCAAGGCGGCUCGUUGUUCGCUGCUGACUUGCAAAGACGAUCCGGAGAAUCCCGACUACGUUUGCGGUAGCGACGGACGCACCUACGCUUCGCCUUGCCACCUUCGUAUGGCUUCGUGCACUCGGGGUACUGAAUUAGCUCAUGUCGGCGCGUGCAUGAAGAUCACUCCCGAUAAUCAAUGCGUGGAAUCGUGCCCUGAGCAGCGGGAGUCUGACCUUCCAGUGUGCGGAUCCGACGGCAACGUCUACAGAACUGAAUGCGAGAUGAAGAAACAAACGUGCGGCCAGCACGUCAUUCCCGUGGCUCUUCACCAUUGCACGGCCACCGAGUCUUGUAAUAACCAAUGCGACCGUAAAGUGCAAUCCGCCUGCGGCAGUGAUGGCAAAAUCUACCGCAAUUUGUGCGAGAUGCGCGGCAAAAACUGCGGGAAAUACGUGUACGAGGUGCCGAUGGCCCGUUGCCUGGCCCUGGCCGGUUUCCGCUUCACUGGUUGCAAUCGCAUCUGUCCUACCGAGUACGAUCCCGUUUGCGGGACGGAUCGCAAAACCUAUUCCAACGAAUGUUUUCUUCAACUGGAGAACUGUCGCUCUCGAUCUUUAGUCGUCAAAAAGUAUCACGGAAAAUGCGGAGAGCCCGUCGCAGAACCCAAGGCUUAUAUCUAUUGAAUUGAACCUAUACAGAUAGACUAAAGAGGAGCUUUCCUUUUGACGAUCGUCAUGCGUUCUCUGAUUUUUCAUUUUUUAUUUUGCCUGUGCGAGUUUUUGUUACGCAAUCAGGACAUGCAACAAUCGCGCAGUUGUUGACGUUCUAUUUACCCCUAUCGGAUGAUAAAGGUUCUUUUAUUUAAAUAUUUUUUAAAGGGACGAUUGAUUUGUGAGUGAAGGACGUUUUUUUUUUAUAAAAUUUGAAUUUGAUUUACGGUAGUAUUUAAAUCGUUAAAUAUAACUUUUUGCCAUAUUUUUCAACGCGAUUUUCGAUUUUGAAUACUAUUCUACACGAAAUAUGUAGCAGUUUGAUACUUGAUACCCGCUUCAGCUCGCACGACUUAUCGAUUUAAGAUACUCCGUCCAUAAGAAGAAAAAACGAAAAUGUAAUGCGCAGAUGUUAAGUAUUAAUCAUCGCAUUCUUUCCUCUUCUCGCUAAACAAUUUGCUGUUGAUUGCAUUUUGCGGCAGAUCCGAGAAUUGAACGCUCCCUUUUUUUCUGUUUUUCGUCUCUUGUUUUUUGUUUUUGUUCUGUUUGAAUUUUUUUUAACGGUGUUUUCUGUAAUCAACAAACAAAAAGAAACAAAAAACGAAGUUCAGCAAUAAAUAGUUGAAGCCCCA